AUGUACACUCGGGGUGGGGAUGUGCUGGGAUGGGAGGUGCUGGAAUGGGGAUGGCAAGGAUGGGCGGUGGUGGGAUGGGGAGUGCUGGGAGGGGGGGGGGGUGCUGGGAUGGUGAGUGCUGGGAUGGUGAGUGAUGGGAUGGUGAGUGAUGGGAGGGUGAGUGCUGGGAUGGUGAGUGCUGGGAUGGUGAGUGCUGGGAUGGUGAGUGAUGGGAUGGUGAGUGAUGGGAUGGUGAGUGCUGGGAUGGUGAGUGAUGGGAUGGUGAUGAUAGGGAUGGUGAGUGCUGGGAUGGUGAGUGAUGGGAUGGUGAGUGAUGGGAUGGUGAGUGCUGGGAUGGUGAGUGCUGGGAUGGUGAGUGCUGGGAUGGUGAGUGAUGGGAUGGUGAGUGAUGGGAGGGUGAGUGCUGGGAUGGUGAGUGCUGGGAUGGUGAGUGCUGGGAUGGUGAGUGAUGGGAUGGUGAGUGAUGGGAUGGUGAGUGCUGGGAUGGUGAGUGAUGGGAUGGUGAGUGAUGGGAUGGUGAGUGCUGGGAUGGUGAGUGCUGGGAUGGUGAGUGCUGGGAUGGUGAGUGCUGGGAUGGUGAGUGAUAUGGAUGGUGAGUGCUGGGAUGGGAUGGUGAGUGCUGGGAUGGUGAGUGCUGGGAUGGUGAGUGCUGGGAUGGUGAGUGCUGGGAUGGUGAGUGCUGGGAUGGUGAGUGCUGGGAUGGUGAGUGCUGGGAUGGUAAGUGCUGGGAUGGUGAGUGCUGGGAUGGAAAGCCUGUCAUCUGUGGAGCUACUCAACAACGUUCGCACACCCGCACAACAGCAGUGGGUUAGAGACGAGGCAGCUGGAGUCGCUGCCGGAGCGGAUGACAAUCCGCUGAAGUUGUACUCAACGUUCGACAUCGACGUGUUGAUCUUUUUGGUGGCUGACGUUGUCGGCUCGCCCCAGCUGGAGGCCAUCAGAGCAUACCUUGACUGCAACGUGGCCACCGACCAAGGCGUGCAAACGGCUAUGCAAAAGGUAGGUGCUGUGAGGGGAGGCGCUGAGAUGGUGAGUGCGAUGAGGGGAGGUGCUGAGAUGGUGAGUGCGGUGAGGGGAGGUGCCGAGAUGGUGAGUGAUGUGAGGGGAGGUGCUGAGAUGGUGAGUGCUGUGAGGGGAGGCGCUGAGAUGGUGAGUGCUGUGAGGGGAGGUGCUGAGAUGGUGAGUGCUGUGAGGGGAGGUGCUGAGAUGGUGAGUGCUGUGAGGGGAGGCACUGAGAUGGUGAGUGCUGUGAGGGGAGGUGCUGAGAUGGUGAGUGCUGUGAGGGGAGGUGCUGAGAUGGUGAGUGCUGUGAGAGGAGGUGCUGAGAUGGUGAGUGCUGUGAGGGGAGGCGCUGAGAUGGUGAGUGCUGUGUGGGGAGGUGCUGAGAUGGUGAGUGCUGUGAGGGGAGGCGCUGAGAUGGUGAGUGCUGUGAGGGGAGGUGCUGAGAUGGUGAGUGCUGUGAGGGGAGGUGCUGAGAUGGUGAGUGCUGUGAGGGGAGGCACUGAGAUGGUGAGUGCUGUGAGGGGAGGUGCUGAGAUGGUGAGUGCUGUGAGGGGAGGUGCUGAGAUGGUGAGUUCUGUGAGAGGAGGUGCUGAGAUGGUGAGUGCUGUGAGGGGAGGCGCUGAGAUGGUGAGUGCUGUGUGGGGAGGUGCUGAGAUGGUGAGUGCCGUGAGGGGAGGUGCUGAGAUGGUGAGUGCUGUGAGGGGAGGCACUGAGAUGGUGAGUGCUGUGAGGGGAGGUGCUGAGAUGGUGAGUGCUGUGAGGGGAGGUGCUGAGAUGGUGAGUGCUGUGAGGGGAGGUGCUGAGAUGGUGAGUGCUGUGAGGGGAGGUGCUGAGAUGGUGAGUGCGGUGAGGGGAGGUGCUGAGAUAGUGAGUGCUGUGAGGGGAGGUGCUGAGAUAGUGAGUGCUGUGAGGGGAGGUGCUGAGAUGGUGAGUGCUGUGAGGGGAGGUGCUGAGAUGGUGAGUGCUGUGAGGGGAGGUGCUGAGAUGGUGAGUGCUGUGAGGGGAGGUGCUGAGAUGGUGAGUGCUGUGAGGGGAGGUGCUGAGAUGGUGAGUGCUGUGAGGGGAGGUGCUGAGAUGGUGAGUGCUGUGAGAGGAGGUGCUGAGAUGGUGAGUGCUGUGAGGGGAGGCGCUGAGAUGGUGAGUGCUGUGUGGGGAGGUGCUGAGAUGGUGAGUGCCGUGAGGGGAGGUGCUGAGAUGGUGAGUGCUGUGAGGGGAGGCACUGAGAUGGUGAGUGCUGUGAGGGGAGGUGCUGAGAUGGUGAGUGCUGUGAGGGGAGGUGCUGAGAUGGUGAGUGCUGUGAGGGGAGGUGCUGAGAUGGUGAGUGCUGUGAGGGGAGGUGCUGAGAUGGUGAGUGCUGUGAGGGGAGGUGCUGAGAUGGUGAGUGCUGUGAGGGGAGGCGCUGAGAUGGUGAGUGCUGUGAGGGGAGGUGCUGAGAUGGUGAGUGCUGUGAGGGGAGGUGCUGAGAUGGUGAGUGCUGUGAGAGGAGGUGCUGAGAUGGUGAGUGCUGUGAGGGGAGGUGCUGAGAUGGUGAGUGCUGUGAGGGGAGGUGCUGAGAUGGUGAGUGCUGUGAGGGGAGGUGCUGAGAUGGUGAGUGCUGUGAGGGGAGGCACUGAGAUGGUGAGUGCUGUGAGGGGAGGUGCUGAGAUGGUGAGUGCUGUGAGGGGAGGUGCUGAGAUGGUGAGUGCGGUGAGGGGAGGUGCUGAGAUGGUGAGUGCUGUGAGGGGAGGUGCUGAGAUGGUGAGUGCUGUGAGGGGAGGUGCUGAGAUGGUGAGUGCUGUGAGGGGAGGUGCUGAGAUGGUGAGUGCUGUGAGGGGAGGCGCUGAGAUGGUGAGUUCUGUGAGGGGAGGUGCUGAGAUGGUGAGUGCUGUGAGGGGAGGUGCUGAGAUGGUGAGUGCUGUGAGGGGAGGUGCUGAGAUGGUGAGUGCUGUGAGGGGAGGUGCUGAGAUGGUGAUUGCUGUGAGGGGAGGUGCUGAGAUGGUGAGUGCUGUGAGGGGAGGCGCUGAGAUGGUGAGUGCUGUGAGGGAAGGUGCUGAGAUGGUGAGUGCUGUGAGGGGAGGUGCUGAGAUGGUGAGUGCUGUGAGGGGAGGUGCUGAGAUGGUGAGUGCUGUGAGGGGAGGCGCUGAGAUGGUGAGUGCUGUGAGGGGAGGUGCUGAGAUGGUGAGUGCUGUGAUUCGUUGUAUCCACGUUACUACUUCAACCCUUUUCUGUGAUUCAUGUGAUGCAGAGAACGACUGGAACCCACCGGACGAGUACCUCGCCAACACCGAGGGGAAAACCGUCCUCCUACCCGACGACACGGCCAUCGUUUCCGCGGCACCUGACAUGGUUACCACGUUCACGCGUUCCAAACUCACACGCGACGAGGUUACCCCGUACGGGAAGUGGAUUCGCGCGAACAUUCUGGACGGAGUGUACGAGGAGGAUGACCUUAAAUUCGCUAAAGGAUUGAAGAACGGGAACGGUCACAUAGUGGAUACGGCGGAGGUUGUGGACUCCAAGACUGGAAAGAAGAAGGUGGCGAUCGGGAAGGGCAAGGCAAAGAUUAAGACUCCGACGAUUUUCAGAGGGAAGCUGUUUAUCAUCCAUGGCGUGGAUGCCGUGCAGCCGAGGGAGUAG